GCGCCCAGAGGACGUCAUCGCUCUGAGCCGACACGGAAGCGCGCGGUAGUUUUGAAAAUAACAAACGGUCCGCUUCGCCAAAACGCGUUCUCACCUGUUAAAACCCGGGUUCUCGCCUGUUAAAACCCGAGUACAGCGACGCAGACAUGUCGAAGAAGGCGCCGAGGGCAGUCCUGAAAUCUCACAUGAGAAAGAAAUCGGACAUUCGAGUCGGGAAGAACGCGGAUCUGAUGGUCCAGCUAAAUCUGUUGCUCGUCUUACAUCGACUGGCAGAGGAGUCCAGACUGAAGGCCUUUGAAGAGAAAACAGCCACUAUCAAAGUCCACCAUGUCAAAGCAGUUGCAAAGAAACUGUUAAAGAGCACCCGAGGAUGAGGUGGAAGCAGUUCGCUCCUUUUGAGAGACUGAAGCUGUGCAAAAGCAUACGUUUGAAGGAUCCAGGUGCUCUGCACCAGCUGUGCCCCUCACUGGAACCAGCAUAAGAGUGUCUCCAGUCACCAUGAGCACACAAUGUACAAUUUUUUUUUUUUUACAUGUAGUUCUAACCUGUGAGAUGGUGAGUGAACCUCCCUCACAGAUUCAUAGCUUAAUUCUCUGUAGAGAUCUGCUCACUGUUUCUGUCCAUUACUGCUGAUUUUUUUGCUUUCGGAUGGUGUUGGGAAACAGUUGUGUAUAAACUUGGUCCAUGACGGAUGGUAUCAGCCCCGAAUAUCUGCAGCCUCAAAUGUUUUCCUCCUGAGUUUAAACUUUAUUUUUACUUAUUACCUGCUAAUAAACAAUUUAUGCCACUUA